GCGUUUGACGCAGACAACAGAGCAUGAUACUGAUACGGCAAAGACCACACCCGCACAGCGACCGCGCAUUCGGCACAUCCGCACACGGGCGGAACAUGGCCACGCCCUGACGCCAGCUAUGUUCACAUUUUGCCCCCUCCAGGGCGCCCUGUCGGAGUCGACGGCCUCCCAGUCGCUGCUCGAGCUUGACGGCGGCGUCAAGGUGCUCGUCGACCUCGGCUGGGACGGCUCGUUUGAUGUGCACAAGCUCGAAGAGCUCGAAAAGCAGAUCCCCACGCUUUCACUCGUUCUCCUUACCCACGCGACCGCCUCCCACCUCGCCGCCUACGUUCACUGCUGCAAGAACUUCCCCCUCUUCACGCGCAUUCCGGCCUACGCGACGCGGCCCGUCAUCGACCUCGGCCGCUCCCUUACUCAGGACCUCUACUCCUCCACCCCCGCCGCCGCAACCACCAUCCGCCAGGCGUCCCUCUCCGACGUUGCCUACACCUACUCACAGACCGCCACCGCCGCGCACAACCUCCUGCUCCAGUCGCCGACUCCCGACGAGAUCGCGCGAUACUUCUCCCUCAUCCAACCCCUCAAGUAUUCGCAACCGCACCAGCCGAUACCCUCGCCCUUCUCGCCGCCUCUUAACGGCCUGACCAUUACCGCUUACAACUCGGGGCAUACGUUGGGUGGUACCAUCUGGCACAUUCAGCACGGGCUCGAGUCAAUCGUCUAUGCCGUCGACUGGAACCAGGCGCGCGAGAAUGUCUUUGCCGGCGCGGCGUGGCUCGGCGGUGCUGGCGGCGGCGGCGCUGAGGUCAUCGAGCAGCUCCGCAAGCCCACCGCGCUCAUCUGCAGCAGCCGCAGCGCGCAGGCGGGCGGCCGCGCUAAGCGUGACGAGCACCUGGUCGAAAUGAUAAAGUCUUGCGUCGCCAAGGGAGGCACCGUCCUGAUCCCCGUCGACUCGAGCGCCCGCGUCUUGGAGAUGUCAUACCUGCUCGAGCACGCCUGGCGUGCGGACGCGUCACAGGGCGGCACCCUCGGCGCGGCGAAGCUGUACCUAGCGGGCCGCAGUAUGUCGAGUACUAUGCGCUACGCCCGGAGUAUGCUAGAGUGGAUGGACAACAACAUCGUACAGGAGUUUGAGGCCUUUGCGGAGGGCCAGCGGAGGGUCAAUGGCUCUGGCGACAAGAAGGAAGGCGGCCCUUUCGACUUCAAAUAUCUGCGCCUGCUCGAGCGCAAGGCCCAGAUCUCCAAGCUCCUCAGCCAGGCCGCCGAGGAAGGCGGACGCGUCAUUCUCGCAAGCGACACGAGCAUGGAAUGGGGUUUCUCCAGGGACCUGCUCCUGGGCCUCGCCGCGGACACGAAGAACCUGGUCAUCCUGACGGACCGGCCGAGCACGGCUGACGACGCCGCGCCCUCUGUCGCACGAACCCUCUGGGAUUGGUGGAAGGAAAGGCGGGAUGGCGUGUCUGUCGAGCAGACGAGCGGCGGCGAUAGUCUCGAAACAGUCUACGGCGGCGGGCGAGAGCUUGAGAUGAAGGAGGCGGGCAGGCAACCCCUUGAGGGCGAGGAGCUUGCCGUAUACCAGCAGUGGCUCGCGACGCAACGGCAGCUGCAGGCUACGCAGCAGGCGGGCACCGCCGCGGAACCCGCGGCCGAUGUCGACGACGCCUCGUCCGAGUCGUCGUCGGACUCAGAGGACGACGACGACCAGCAGCAGGGCAAGGCCCUGACGGUGUCGGCAACGCUGGGACAGGUUGGCCGCAAGAACGUGGUUCUCAAGGACGAGGACCUCGGCAUCAACGUGCUCAUCAAGAAGAGGGGUGUCUACGACUUCGACCCACGGGGCAAGAAGGGCCGCGAGCGCUCAUUCCCCAUGGCUAUCCGUCGGAAGCGUGCUGACGACUUCGGCGAGCUCAUCCGCCCAGAGGAUUACUUGCGUGCGGAGGAAAAGGAAGAGGACCACGCCGACGCCAACGUGGACGCCGAGGAUGACAAGCUUGGGAAAAAACGGAAGUGGGACGAUGUGGCAAAGGCAGGCCCUGGGAAGCGCGUGCAGCCCAAGCAGGCCGAUGACGUCGAUGCGACUUCAGCGGACGGCUUCGGGCACGACGAGCUGGAUGUUGCCGAUGACGCCGAGCCAGAGGAGCCAGCGGGCCCAUCCAAGCUGGUAUACCACUCUCAGACAGUCACGGCCAACCUGCGUAUCGGAUUUGUCGACUUUGGCGGCCUUCACGACAAGCGCAGUCUUGACAUGCUUAUCCCCCUAAUUCAGCCGCGUAAGCUGAUCCUCGUGGCUGGCAACCGCGAGGAGACGACGGCGCUCGCGGCCGACUGCCGCGCCGCGCUGGGCGGCGCCGACGUCUUCACACCUGAGAUUGGUGUCUGGGUCGACGCCAGCGUAGACACGAACGCCUGGGUCGUCAAGUUGGCCGACCCGCUGGUCAAGAAGCUCAAAUGGCAGAAUGUGCGCGGUCUGGGCAUCGUCACCCUGAGUGGUCAGCUACUGGCCGCCGCUGCAGCGGCCGCAACGUCAGCGGCGAACGAGUCCGACACACACGACGAGUCGUCACCCGCCAAGCGUCAAAAGACGGAACAGUCUGCGGCUGUCACCCUCGCGACGCCGGCGUCAGGCCCGCUGCCCGUUCUCGACGUGGUACCCGCGAACCUGCUCGCCGCGGCGCGCACGGCCGCCCGGCCCCUGCAUGUGGGUGACUUGCGCCUGGCAGACCUGCGGCGCGCUAUGCAGAGCUCCGGUCACGCGGCCGAAUUCCGUGGUGAGGGCACGCUCGUCAUCGACGGCACCGUCUCUGUGAGGAAGACGACCGAGGGGCGUGUCGAGGUGGAAUCGGUGGGGAUCCCAACGGCAGGGCGGAGGAGCACCGUGUACGAGGUCAAGAGGGCCAUAUACGACGGCUUGGCGGUCGUGGCUGGGGCAUAGUGCACAACAUGGCGUAUGGAUAGACUGCAAGAGCUCCAUGACGAAUUAUAUCAAUCACCGCGCUGGCUAUGGGCCGCUGAUGAAUCAG